AUGAAUAGUGAGGAAAGUAGACUCAAUGAAUACAAAGAGAAAACUAAAAUUGAUGGUGAAGAGCUAGUACGUAAUGUUUUUCCAAAACGUGUAUUUGAGAUGGAAGACAUAUUAGCCUCUGAUUUGUUUUUUGUCGAUGGCAAACGUGUUCACUCUGAAGUCGAUAUACCUUAUCCUGUAAAUUUUCGUCAUUUGUUAAAUUCUGGCGAUGAUACGGAUACUAUGGGUUUAAACAACAAAACCAAUAACAAUGAUACCAAUAAUAAUAAUAUUGAUAAAUUGUUGAGUGAAAAUAAAUUACGUAUACCUAAUAAAAAUGCAUAUAUUUAUUCACUGCCAAAUGGCUGCAUAUCAUACAAUAAGCAUAUCAAAGAUAUGAUUGAGAGAACUAAACCAUGCUUAACUCAACUAAUGAUUGAAGCACAAAUUGUGCGUCUAUGGGUCCAAUUUAAUAUACCACGAAUUGAAGAUGGUAAUAACUUUGGUGUUGGCAUACAAGAAGAGAUAUUGGCUGAAGCAUCAAGUAUUGAAAGAGAUGCGUGCACGUUUCUAGAUCAAGUAACAAGGUAUUAUGCUUCAAGGGGUAAACUGGUUGGAAAAGUUGCCAAGUUCCCUCAUAUAGAGGAUUAUCGUGAAUGUAUUCGAGAUAUGGAUGAGAAACAAGCAAUAACUAUGCGAUAUAUUAUAAUGGAAAUUCGCAAUCAUUAUGCUACUUUGCAUGACAUAAUAAUUAAAAAUCUGGAUCGUAUCAAGAUGCCUCGGUCUAAUAAUUCAAUCAAUAUGUACUGA